AUGCAUUCAGAGAGGCAGACCACCACGGGCCCCAGUGGGGACCCCGUUCCCGCUUCUGUAGAGGCUGAAGGGGCAGCUUCGGGAGUCGCCCGCGAAAUGAGUAGCAGUCACAGCAGCAGCAGUGGGAGUCGCAGAAGCAGUGGUAGCAAGACGUCUCGUCUGUUCUCGUCGGGAGGCGGCCUGUGGGGUUCCUCUGCACUUCCUAGCGCGCCCCUGCUUGGAACUCAGCGCACACUGCUAAAUGCAAAAAAAGAGAGACUCUCUAGAGGAACUCGGCUUCUGAUGCCCUAUUGGGCCGCGAGGCAGGUAGUCAUCAACCCUGUCAACGAGGAAGAAACGUGCCCACCUACGCCAGCUGCGCGAGGACGCAUGCAGUUCAGUCUUUCUCACUUUUUCUGCUCUUGCUGGCGCCUGUUAUCGCGCCCGACGAAUAUAUGGCUCGUGGCGAUGUGCAGCCUAUCUGUAGUGGUGUAUGGUUCUGAAGAUCCGGGCCUGGGUUCUAUUCCUCAUCAAGUUCUGCGACUCAUGGGGGCCCCCUUGCUGCUGCUGCUCUCAAUUGUUGCAUUUGCGGGACUCAACAUACAAUCCUCAAGCCGCCGGGAAGCCAUUGCAGCCACAGUGUCUAGCGCCUUCUGCUGUCACGUGCUCGAUGGCCGCGAGCCGAUCCUUAAGGAAGCAGCUUGGGGAGACCUCCGCGUGGGCAACAUCGUGCGCGUCUAUGCCGGGGAGUGCGUACCAGCAGAUCUGCUGAUUCUCACGUGCGGCCAUUCCGAAUCCGCCAUCCUUGACCUACGAAUGGUCGACGGUGCGGCGAGAUUCACCAGACGCUAUUGCGUAAGAGAGACGAAGGCGGACUAUACGCUGACGGCUCUUGCAGGAUUGAGAGGCCGUGUGGUUUGUGAAAACAUGAGUCCUGAUUCCCCUCAUUUUAAAGGAACCAUACGCUUCGACGCGAGGCCUAGGGGAACUCGCGUUGUAGCCAACAAUGUUGCUCCAAGAGGAAGUAUCCUUCGUUGGACACAGUGGAUUGAUGGCCUGGUGCUACACGCCUCAGAAGACGUUGCGUUUCUCCAGCCCCGGAGAAAACGCAAGACGAGAAGCACUGAACUCGAUUCUGCAUGUAAUAUCAUCGUCGGUUUCUUCGCAGUGGUAACAUUUCUUCUUGGUGUGGCUUUGUUGAUUAUUGAAGGCCUCACUGGCACAAACCAGGACUGGACUUUUGAUGUGCCGCAAUAUAAAGCGCAACUUUCUCAAUGUUUGCUCCUGCUGUCUUGCGGCCCCGUGGCGCUGACGCUCGCUCUCGACAUCUUGAAACUGCGGAGGAAAGAAAAUCUUGUGCAGCCUUCGCGUGCGCUGCCGGACCUUCCAGGUCAACACACGGAGCACAACGCGAACACACAACAACACCAGUUGCAUACUUGGCAGCUAGAGGAGGAAAAGAAGUCCCAUCAGAAGCAGGGGCCUCCUUUGGGUGGCACAGAAUAUUGCGCACCUGAGUUGUAUGGACAGCUCAUAUCGCCUUCCGCUCUAGAUGAUUUAUCCAGGGCAAAUUUUCUUUUGUUCGAUAAGGGAGCGACUGUGAUUGGCUCCACACUGCAGCUCGAAGGGAUUUGCGCUGGCGGAAGAAGUUUUGUCAAACAGUAUGGAAUGUAUGCAAAACUUGGAAGCAACUCAAUAUUGGAAGAGAGCAGAUGCGGCAAACCAAGAGGCGCUCAACUCACCGGAGAGCUAUCAACGGAGUCACCGUGCCAGAGGACACAAAAUGCCAGUGAGAGUCCAGUGAAGACUCGAGAAAGUAUUGUUUCCAAGGACAAGUCAAGCUGUACUAAUUCAACGCGUGCGCGCUUUAAACGAUGUAAGCAAUGCGAUAUUCGGGUGGAGGACCUUACCAUGAUCGAGCACUACUACACCAAGCACAGGGACGAAAGAAACAGACUGGAAACCCUCGCACAGGUUGCAUCUAUCUGCCACUGUGCAACACCAUGUCGCUCGAGGCGGGCUACUGAAGGAAAAAAGGAAGAAGCGAACGACGUGCCUGUUACUCCGGAAGCAACUAAAGUACAGGCAGACAUCGACUUCCAGUCAACGCUUCCUGAAGAUGCAACAAUAUUGAAACUCUGCGGUAUCUUGGGAUACAAACCGAUAUUCCGCCGGGGCACGCAGCUGCAUGUCGAACGUUCAACAGUCAGCAUGCCGUCUUGCCCUUGUCAGUUGCAGGGAACAACACUCACAUCGACAACAAAAUCAUCUGGGAUAUUAUCUCAAACACCAGCGCUAAAGACAGAAGGGUUAGCUGAAAGCGGUUGCUGCUGCAAAGCUACUCCACUCCAAACGCUUGUUGAGGCUGUUUUUGGUGAGAAGCUUUGUGCAGCGUACUGUAAUCCAGUCUGCUUGCUGGAAGUUGUGGGCACUCAUGCUCCCUCGCAGCGGAGGCCGCGCCUUGCAUGCGUCGUAAAGCCGAUGGGACACCGCUCGGGUGCACUUCUUGUUGUGAGGGGCCCACCAGAAGACCUUGCGAAUAUAUCGCAAGGGGGCAUAGAAGCUCUCAACGCAAUUGAACACGGGAAAGUCGUUCUUGAUACGCCCCGGGACAAAACUCGCUUCUCCGAGAGCAACAGUAACACCAGCAGUAGCGACAGCGGAGCGGACGAAGCACCUCAAAUCUGCUCAAAGAAGGAAGAAAGUGACGCAGAACAAAAUGGCAUGAGGGGACAAACCUGCGAAGAUGCCUCUCGCGUACGUCAGAUAUUGCUGGCGGCACAACGCUUUUCGCUAGAGGGCUCGCUGCCGUUUGUUUACGCGGUUCGGGUCCUCUCCGCUGAAGAGCUAGCUUUGUAUGUGCAACUGAGCGAAGAAGCUUCGAAUUCCAUGUACCGUCAAGAAGAAAGGCAUGAACGGGUCAUCACUGGUUUCGAGACGAAUCUGCAGAUAGUAGGGUGCGUUGCUGUUGCUGAGAAGCUCCAGCCUCGGGUGUGUGAGACUCUCGCUGCGCUAAGAGGGGUGGGAAUUCGACAAGUGCUGCUUGCUGGAGCUGAUAAGCAUGUUGCUCUAGCUGCCGCGAGGCAUUGUGGGCUUUUGACAUCAUUUGAAUGGAACAACACGGUCACAGCUGGGACGGAAGGCAUUGGGCAGGUUCGAAACAUAGGACCAGCAUAUCACCACCUCAGCGGUCUCCCAUCUGGCGCUGCUGGAUCCCUGGCCGCGGACGACGGUGACUACACGUCUCAUGGUGACAGCAACGAGCCUACCCGAGUGAACGGAAACUCAUGUUGUCGACAGUGUUACGAAGAUAUGCACCUUGCAAGCUCAGACCACCCUGCGGAUGAAAUGCACCAAAAUUCGCCUAGAGCGUUCUGCCCUGGAACUCUCCAUGGACUGGUGACGAACACUCCAGCAUCUCUCUCUCAGUGGGCUGUAGCGGACGCAAAUUAUCUUCUGCAGCGCUGCUCAGCUGAAUUGACCUACUAUGCGCGCAAAGAUCGUCGCCGCCUUCAAAGUCCAUCUGCUUCACUCUGGGCGUGUGAAUGCGGGACGACUGUCUCAAGGCGGCGUGUUCUCAAGACAUCGAUUCGUCGACGUUCUUUCGGCGGAGAAGGACGACGAAUUGGGGAGUUUUUGGCGGACCGCAGUUGCAGUAGAACAAGGGGUUAUUUCGGAAGAGACAGAGACGCAACUUUGUAUCAAAGGGAGAUUCUCAACAAGGAUCUGAGACCAAGGCGUAGGGUACUGCGGCAUAGGAUAGAAACCAAAGAAGGGCAGAAUGUGAGCCUCUCAUCACUACCGCUUCGACGAAAACUUCGCAUUGGGAGAUGUUUCGUCCAAGUUUUUGAAGACAUGUGGCGCCAAUCAAGGGUUCACGGCCAGGGCAUUUGCCUCUUAUCCGAUGCGGCAUCUCUCGCUUUCUUUUUCUCUCAUAAGCUGUUGCAGGGGCUGCUUGUUUACGCCAUUUGCCGCGCAGAUACCAAUGUUUGUGCGGAGGUUCGUGGCCAGCUAAAGCAACAGUUGGUUGCUUGCAUCAAGGCUUCGUUAAAACCCCAGCCGAUUGUAAUAGCGGCUGGAAGUAGCGCGGAGGAUGCAGCAAUGAUGCGAGAAGCCACCAUAGGCAUUUUGAUGCUGCAGGCCUUGACGCCAGCUGAAGAGGCGACUUAUGUUGCAGAGGGGCCUGCGGAACCCAUGGCGGAUCCCGUAACAUCCAGCGAGAAUGCGGCGAAGCCUCCGGUUGCUCGGCACCUUCGCAGAACCUUUCUACCCAAUUCCAGAAAGACGUCUCACGCCUUUUUACCGCUUCUGCCUGAACAGGAGCCUGGCGCAAAAAGGAGGAAGUCUCUUCCUCUACCACCAGCCCCUGAAAACUGUCAAGCUCCGAAAGGCCGGAUAAAUUCAAUGGACUCUGGGCUUAAUGGGCUUCUGAAACAAGCGUCGUCUGUAUUUCAACAAGAAUUGGUAGUACAACAGCACCAACAGGCGACACAGUCUACCAACCAAGGCCCUGGUCGUGUUGGUAGAAAUUCCAUCACAAACAACUGCACUUUCGUGCCCUACAUGCAGGCUGCGUGCCUUUGUGGAAGCAGUGCCGACGUGGUUCUAGAAUCGUUUCACUCGCUUUGCUCCCUGAUAUUUAGGGAUGCUCUUUUUGAGCGAGCGCAGAGCGUACUACUCAUAGAUCAGGUCAUUUACUCCACCAGCGUGCUUUUGGCCUUUCUUUUUGCAAUGCUAGCCACAAACCUACUUGACUCUGGGGACCCAACAGGCUUGGUGAACUGCAUCUGGUUCUCGCUAAUCGCCAUCGCUGCAGCCUGCCUGACUAGUCGCCCAAUGGCUGCUGCACUUGAUGACGAAUUGCUUUGGACAGUGCUUGAAGGAGUUACAACGGCUGUGACUGUUUUUAUUCUGCUGUUCCGGGCUCUCUCUGAAGGACUGCGGAUGGGCGUAUUGCUACAUCUCACUGACUUCUUUUUCGCCGCUUUUUGCUUCGGCACUGUUGUACGGCCUUGGCUGAUCGCCCUUAGCAUAGGCGGGCCUGCUGCACGCGGGCGCACUUUAAGGGCGGCUUGGAAAGGCGUUAGGGAGAGUGUGGAUCGCCGUGGCUUUAAUACCUGUCAGGCGGACGGACAAUUUAGGAGCCGGUACAGGGCCGAGGCCGCGCAACCACUACUGCUCCAAUCCACUGAAGCAGCCAUACGUAGGGACAAUGCGCAUUCACGUCAAAAUGUGGAGAACUGCCACCAUACAACCGAUGUUUCUGGCUGUGUGUUUCGCCCAAGCGCCAGUUCCGGUCCCGCUAGUGGACCUCGGCUGCGUGACACCUACUUGGUACCGGUGGUACAGGAUACUGCAGCAAGCCCGUAUAGCUCAGCCGAAGACCUGCGCAUUAAGGAGGUGCAUGCGCCAGUGGGAUAUUUCGGACUGAACACGGAGGAGCAGCAUGAUUGCUCAUCACGCUUCUUAAACUCGAAUUUGAAGGAGUCCCCAAAUAUGUUUAAGCGUUGGUGUGAACAGCUUAGAGCCCAUUUGAAGCUUCUACGCUUCUUCUUUAAGGUCCUUGUGCUUCUUAGCCUCCCAUGGCUUAUUACGAUUCUACAGCUCCUGAUGUUCUAUGAUGAAACCAGCGCCAUGAAGCACCUGCGCGUCUUGCCGUACUCUUUCCCGGCUUGGUGGCUUGUGCUUAUUCCUUGCACUACUCUAACAGUGCUAGUGGCGGGCCUUUUUCGACAAAUUAAUGCGUUACUUGGCGCUGAGAAGGUCUUGAUGGCAGCUGAAGAUGCGUCCGCGGCUGCGCUGGCAGUCGCCGCCAUGAGAAGGGCAGCAGAUACGCGCAGUCCGCAGCCCCAAGCUCAAAACCAGCCAAAACAACGCUCCGCUGCCUGCUUUGGCUACUGCAUGCAAGACAGGUCUGCUUUGCAGCAGUUGUGCAGCAUCUGCUCGGCUUUUGACGCCAUUGAUGUAUCACUGCUCAGGCAGCUUGAGAGCAGCAUCGGGGUUCAGAAUACCCAGAGCAAUCAGAUAGAGGAACAGUCUCUGGAGCCGCUUCAGCGGAAUACCAACUCUUUGCAUUUCCUGGAAUGCUUCGUAAGCUGCACCGCACGUUGCUCAUACCACAUACAACAGCAUCUGCUGCUUCUUCAAAAGAUAGCGGCGCGACUUCCUGCCCCGUUUCGCUUUUCGCUGCAAAACGGCGAGGCUGUUCUUCACUCCCUCUCACUGCUCCCGGCCGGCAAGGCUAUCGUCCGUUCGUCGAAGUCUUUGCCAGUUGCAUCGGAGAGCCCAGUACUUGCUGCUCUUUCCUGGGAAGUGCGGCGGCAGCUAGCAACAUCAGGUGGGGACUUCCUCGUGGGUUUUGGAAAAACGGCAGAGAGCAGGGAUGAGCGCCGUCUUCGGAGGGCCAUGACUGACACGACAAGCUUGUUCUCUGAAUGCAACGUGGUCGUUGAAGGGGACUGGACAAGUGAAAGCUUGUUCGAGUCAGAGAGUGAAUUUGAAGCGACUUCACCAUCUCCGCCUCCCGUCGUCUGCGACGAAGCCACUACAGAGCAGCGUGCAAACGAAGCACUGAAAGGAUUUUCUUUGACAUUCCGAGACCCUUAUUUAGAGGCGGAUUACCAGUCCGCGCGUGAAAGGGAGCUGCGUCGGUCGAUGCUCGCCUUCCGCAGCACACUGGGCGUUUUGCUCGGCUUGUGGAUUGUUUUUAACUUAGUUACACUUACUGUUCAACGAGGCAUCAAUACUUCGCGUGAUCGCUGGGAUUUAGUAUUAUCCUUUGUGCCGUUUAUACCUCUUGCCGUGGUUCUUAUUUGGUCAUUUCGGCGUUCAUUUGCCAGUAGGUUUGAAGGCCUCGUCGGAUUUUCGGCUGUCGCGUACAUAGUCUUGCAAAAUAUAGUUGAUUACAGACUGUCUUCAGAUGGUAUGGAUACCAGUCUAUCUGUAAUCCUCGUGGUCGCGGUCAUGUUACGGCUACCAUUUAAGCUUGCAACGAGCCUGAAUUUGCUCUAUGUCUUUUCGAACAUACUGCGCUACGUCUUGGGGUUCUAUAAUCAGUCCUACUUCUGUCGUUUUGCCUGCAUGAUUUCUCCACCUCGUCUGUUUUACCCCUUCUCCGCUGUUCCGUGCAAAGAAGGCUUUUCUUUGGAUCGGCUUGAACGCUGCGUGCCCUCGGAUUCGGUGCUGCACAAGCUGAUGGCUCCCCUCAAGACGCGGCAGGAAUUGCUUGCAGUAGCGGUGGCUCAUGAGAUUGGAUCAACUCCGGAGGAAGUUUUGAGUCAGCGGGAGCCAAGAUGUUUGUGCAUAUGGCAGCUCUUAUCGCCGAUGAACAUGCCAAAUGCUAUACCUUAUUAUUUGUGUUCGCCACCACUUUUUUUGUCUGUUCUCUUCUGUGACGUCGCCGAUUUCCACAGUCUCGUCUGUGCCUUUUCCUUGCCGCAGGACCUAGUGAAGCUCCUGGAUGCCCUCUUCCUGUGUUUCGACAAACUAAGCGAACAGUUCCAACUCGUGAAGAUUGAAACUGUUUUUGAAACGUAUCUUGCUGCAGCAGGCAAGGCUGCAACGGAACAGAAGGCUAACGCGAAGUUUUCGCGAAAAUACCUCGUCUGUGCCGAUACAGCUUCAGCUCGCCUGAAUGAUCCAGUUCUGGCAGAUGAUGCAGGUGGACAAAUGGACGAGGAGAGAGAUUCCUUCAGCGAGCGAGACCUUCUGAAAGUCCAGCAAGGGGCCUUCAGUGCUGUUGAGACAGCUUUGGCGAUGCUCCAGGUAACCUUGUACAUUACGUAUGAUUCAGCCGAGCCGUCAUCAGUCAGGAAUCCGGAGGAACCACAAAGCCAACAAAGCAGCCCGAGGGAAAAUGCCAUUCUCCAAACAGUUAAUGAUGGAGGCUGCCAACGACAAACUCGUCGUGUACGAGUGAAGAUUGGCAUUCACAGUGGGAACGUCAUCAGCGGCGUUGUAGGUUUUCGGAAGCCUCAAUACGCUCUUUUCGGAGAUACAGUAAACACCGCUUCAAGGAUGAAGAGCACGAGCGUGGCCGAUGGAAUUCAUAUUAGUGGAGCAACUCACAAAUUCGUCGCUCAUGACCAGCAGUUCAAGUGGAGAGAAGAGAUAGUCGAUGUCAAGGGUAAAGGCCGCAUGCAGACUUACUUUUUAGAUCAUGUGGUCGGCUUGCGCACUCCUUCGGAAGAGGCCGUCUGCCGUGCUCCUGAACCAGCCGGCCGCUAUGGGAGCAGCAGCAUGUCGUUUGCACAAGAAAGCGAAGAUGUCUCAUCCUACUUCCAGGGUGUUGCUCAGUGGCCACGACGGCACAGAACUCGCCGUUGGCAGGACCCCAGCCUUACAAUUACGAGAUCAAGCAGUGCGUAUCCAGAAGCAGCAUGUCAGAGACUUCCAGAUAAGCCGAGCUCUUCCAGUCCAGCAGGGAGAAUAGCUCGAGGGGUGCCAGUUGUGGAUGAACCGUCUCAUUGCGCGGGGUGCCAAAGCACUAGUGUUGUCAGCGAGUCUUCCGUGGAUGGGACGGCGAACCGUCCGUGCUGCCCCCGGCAGCAGUCAUCAAGCUCGUUAGGAGCUUUAGGCAGCGUCUUACCUGCUGCAGACAAUUUAGAGCGGAAUGACUGCGGAUGCAAUACAGAUUGUGGGUCUCUUGCGAAAAUUUCGAUUCCUCUAGAUAGGCGCUCUACUCUCUCUAAUGAGCGCUGUUCACGGUGGCGUGGCGCCGAGCGCCUGCAGCGCAUCACAAACGCAGUAGCAUCUGUCUUUAGUCCAGUACAAUUUGGUUCUAGUGGCCGGCGCCGACGAAGUGGCAGCCACGAACAGCAAGCAAGCAGGAAACGCAGCAGGAGUGCUGCUUCAUCGGGAGACAGCCCUUGGCGAAGGGCGGGUACAGGCGGAGCUGGCCGGACUGACUUGGAAGAGCCACUUUGCAAGUCUGCAAAUGCAGUGGACGACGACGCAAAGCGUCCUAAAUUGUCGUCUAGAAUAACGAGAGCGUUUGGACUGAAUGCGCGUACCGACAUGGUCCGACUUCGAUUCUGCUCCAGUGACAUGGAAGACAGCUAUAAGCACAACUUUUACUCAAACAAAGCUCACAUAAACGCGAUUGAGCAGGCAAUAAUUAUAUUUUUGUGGAUGGGAAUACGCUGGCUGAUUUUUUGGCUGAACAUUCUGUUUAUCUUUGCCGCAUUGGCAUUUGUACUGACAAAUGCAAGGGACCCAGGCAAGAAAGCGCCGUCGGAGUGGCAUACAGCUGACACCGUGGAACUCUCGUUCUUCCUUACUUUAAUUCAUCACAACACUGGACUGUUGUUCCAGCACAUUAUUUUCGUGGAUGCACUCUUAAUUACGGCAAGCUUCAGCAGCGCCAUGCUCGUGUCUCAGCCCACAACCGAGCGCCUUCGCGGCAUCUUAAUAGUUUGCCUACUGCUCAUUGUCAACCUAAUGUCUUGCUAUGUUCGAGAGCAUGACGACAGGCAGACUUACAUUGUGAAUCAGGAGGCGAGCGCACUGGAACGGCGCAGCUUGGAGUUGCUAAAUGAUAUGCUCCCAAAAGAACUGCUUGCUGAAUUCCAGAACGAUAAUCUAAGGCUCGCCUACUCUCACGAGUCCCUGGCAUUUCUUUUCGCAGAUAUAUGUGGGUUCACUGCAUGGUCCCGGAGUGUCAGUGCGGAGCAGGUGCUUUCCCUUCUACAACGCCUUUUCACGCGUUUCGACAGGGACACUAUAUCGUUGAAUCUUUACAAGCUAUGCACCAUUGGGGACGCUUAUGUUGCGGUGUCUGGUUUACAUAUUGAUACUCCUUCGCAAGAGCCACUAGGCAGAAAUCCUGAUGCUCUAGACUCGUUCCAUGCGGCGUCUACUGCUCGAGGGCAUACAGAUUCGUUCGCAAGCUGUCCGUGGCGUCCACAAUGCGAAGGCCCGUACGGAGGGGACAGCAGGGUGUGGCGUGAACGCCACGAGACGGACGAAGCAUACCGAGUGCUCUGCAUGGCGAGGCAAAUGCUUGAGCAUGUGGAGGCGGUGAGGGAAGAAAUGCAAGUCCCAGGUCUCAACAUGCGCAUCGGCCUCCACGUAGGUUCUUGCGUUGGAGGCGUGAUAGGUAGUAGGCGUUUGCGGUAUGACCUUUGGGGUCUUGACGUUCUUGUGGGAAAUGACAUUGAGAGCAACGGGUUGCCAGGACAAAUUUGUUGCUCAAAAGAGUUCAAAACUGCCUUUCAAAGAGAAGAGCAGAGCGACCUUCGAUGCUGCGAGUAA